CUGUAGUUCACGGUUCGCAUUGCACGCAGCACACCUUUCCAUAAUAAGGACACCCUGCAUUUGUCGCCAGUGCCACUCUUUGAGCCUGUGUCCUUGGCCCUGCUCUCACUUGCAUAUUCAGCCUGACGCCUCUUCUGAUAAGAGAGACGCUGCCAACACGGCGUUCUAGGCCAGACCUCGCGUCAGACCUUCCUGUUGUCCCUUCCAGCACUAUACUUGUCAAUUAAUGCACGCCGCAUAUUGAUAUAGAUUAUACCUCCCAGCACCCAACCGCUACAUUCCACGAGCUCCGACUCGACUGCAGCGACCCACUCCGGAACAAUACCAGACUUUGUGCUCGGGAGAGCCUAUUUCGACUCCGCCUUGCUAAUCCACCCUUGAAAGGCGGAGGACCCCGCAACGCCCACUUGCGGGCAGAAUGCUGUCGUCUGCCAAGGGCGGAAACGCCGCCUAUGCGAAUGUCCAGGGCGUUUAUUCUCAUGUCUACGACCCGAAUGAGCGCCGUCGGCUUGCCCUUGCUGAGGUUGACAGAGCGCGGUUUAGCUGGUAUCAUGCGAGGCUGGUGGUGGUGACUGGGGUGGGGUUCUUUACGGAUGCUUACAGUCUGUUUGCUAUCAACGUGACCAUCGUCAUGCUUGGUAUGGCCUUCUGGCACGAUUCGAACGCCGGUGUUAUUCCUCAUGGCGCAGAUACCGCUAUCAAGGUCGCUACCUCGGUCGGCACGAUAUUUGGCCAAGUUGUCUUUGGAUAUCUCGCCGACGUGCUGGGCCGAAAGCGAAUGUACGGCGUGGAGCUUGUUAUCAUCAUCACUGCAACACUCGGCCAAUCACUUUGCGCCCCCUCGAAAGCAAUCAGCUUCGUCGGCAUCAUGGUGUUCUGGAGAGUGCUCAUGGGCGUUGGGGUUGGCGGAGACUACCCCAUGUCGGGAGUGAUAACGGCUGAGUUUGCCUCGACGAAAUGGAGAGGUGCGAUGAUCGGAGCGGUGUUUGCCAUGCAAGGGCUGGGCCAGUUUGCCGCCGCCCUUGUUGCCCUUAUCGUCACUGUCGCAUACAAGGAUACCCUACAAGCGGCAGACACCCCCGGGAACUGUACCGGAGACUGUCUCGUGGCCAUCGACACGAUGUGGCGCAUCAUCAUCGGCUUCGGAGGUAUCCCCGGCUGGUUCGCUCUAUACUACCGCCUCACCAUCCCCGAGACCCCCCGCUACACCUUCGACGUCCUCCAAGACGUCGAACGCGCCACCGCCGACGCCUCACACUACACCUCCGGCAAACUCGGCCAGGCACGCCUAAACGACAUCCACCACGCAACCACCCGCGCGGAAAUGCGCAAAUACCGCCGCCCACGACCCUCCCUCAAAGAAGCCCUCUCCUUCUUCUCCCGCCGCCGCAACGCCCUCCACCUCCUCGGCACCGCCGGCUCCUGGUUCUUCCUCGACAUCGCCUUCUUCGGCCUCGGCCUCAACUCCGGCAGCGUGCUCUCCGCCAUCGGCUACGGCGGCGCCGCAAACCCAGACCCCGAUUCCACCCUCUACCACCACCUCCACUCCACCGCCACCGGCCAGCUCAUCCUCAUCUGCGCCGGCGCAAUCCCAGGCUACUGGCUCACCGUCGCCCUCAUCGACACCCUCGGCCGCCGCCCCAUCCAGCUCGCCGGCUUCGCAAUCCUCACCCUCCUCUUCGCCACCAUCGGCUUCCUCCUCGACCGCCUCUCCACCUCCGCCCUGCUCGCCCUCUACAUCCUCGCCCACUUCUUCUUCAACUUCGGGCCCAACGCUACCACCUUCAUCGUGCCCGCGGAGCUCUACCCGACGCGUCUACGCGCUACUGCGCAUGGUGUGUCGGCGGCAGCAGGGAAGCUGGGUGCUGUGAUUGCGCAGGUGGCGUUUGCGCCGCUGGUUGGUCGGGGCGCGGUGCCCGGUGGGGAUCCGCAUCCGUGUCUGGGCACGGUCAUGCAGGUUUUUGCGCUGUUUAUGUUUUGUGGGCUGGUGGUUUCGUUGUUGGUGCCUGAGACGAAGAGGAGGUCUCUCCCAACCCUUCUCACACAUAACAUCCAACCAAAAAACAUCCCUAACCCCGGCGUCUCCCCUCCUCCACACCUCCCUACACGCCUCCAACAUAACCCUCAUCGGCUUCGCCGGCAAUUUCUUGGCAAAAAGCUCAAACUUGCCCUCCACAAACAGCCGUGCCCGGGUGACGGCGACAUCCGCACGGAAGGAGCCCUCAUCGAAAAAGUCCAGCUCACACAUACGUCGCAGCUCCGCGGCCGCGGUGAGCAGCAGAAUCGGCUGGAUGCAGAUCGUGCCCGAAUCGCUGGGGAUGCGGCCGAGGAGCGAGAGAAUGUGCAGGGCGAGGGAGUUGAGGAAGGCGGUAGCGUUGCGUGA